AUGUAUCCGUUAUUAAUCGCCGACAGCUCCACUGCCCUGAAAGCAUCCUGCCACGAGAUCAUCUCGUUCAGUUCAAGCCUCCUCCGUGAUCACGUUCCAGAUGGCGACACGACAAUCUCAAACACAAGCCAUGAGCUGGAUCGUAUCUGUCACGUCCUGGAUGAGAUCAUCCUCAUCUGCCGGACCCAUCCGUCCGUCCUGAUGACGCACACGUCUGCCCGUUUCGGGAUGUGGGCUUGUGUGCGGUGUAAUCUGGAGGACAUCCAAGUCACGCUUCAGCGGCUGAGGCAAGAGCUGGAAUUGUUCAAAGCCUACGCCGAGGCCGGGGAAUCAGGCUGGCAUAGCUGCGCGAUUAUUGCGUAUCGUGGCCGUUUGGAACCAUACCGUAAGGCUUUGAAGGUGGCUGCCACUAUGAUGAAGAUGGAUGUGUGGCUUCAACAAAAUGCGCUGGCCCAAGAAAAGGAAUCGUCGCUCGUUGUCUUGGACAUUGAGAUCAAGGAUCUCGAGGCGGCUGUACAGUGUAUGAAAGAGCUGUCUUUUGUGUCUAGCGGGGAGACAACUGAAAGACAUGGAAUGAUUGUCACCAUGGAAGAUCUAAUCGCUUCCGCAAAGUCAUUUUAUACAUUUGAGUCCACGGCACCGCCGGCGCAUUCCGUGAAUCAGGAAGAAGAUGGCCAUGAUUCCGCUCCUCCUCCCUCGUAUGCACAGGCCAUGGCAUCCGAAGACGGGACCGUGUCCGAAGACGAUACACCCGGACUAUCCCCGUUCAAUGUGGCAGCCUGCGAGGGGGAUUUCGAAGAAAUCAAAAGGCUGGUCGCGGCUGGUGAGGACAUCCUUGCCACCGGUAAGAACGGCCAAUCACCUGCAUAUUCGGCUUCCGUCUCAGGGAACACGGAAAUCCUAGAGUAUCUGAUCGAGCACGGUGCAGACUACACCUGUGGCAACGAGGACGGCUUCACCCCGCUCAACGCAGCAGCUACAUUUGGUCAUCCCGACGCCGUGCUUGUUCUCUUACACCACGGAGCAGAUCCAAACGUCCCAUCCGUAGACGGGCAAAGCCCUAUCUACUCCGCCGCAAAACUGGGUCAACUAGAUUCGGUAAAGGUGCUUGUUGAACAUGGAGUGAACAUAUCAGACAUGACACAUCCGAAGCAGUGCACGCCACUGAACGCGGCGGCUCACAGUGGACAUCUCCAAAUUGUAAAGUACUUGCUCGACCAAGGGGCGGACUUAAGCAUACCUACUACGAGUGGAUGGACACCAAUGGCAUCAGCCGCCUCUGAAGGCCACGCCGAAAUCGUCAAGACUCUCAUAGAGCGCGGUGCUGAUGUCAACGCUAGCAUUGGUGACGUCGGCGCCACGGCGUUGUACUAUGCUGCAAAGGCUGGCCACACUGAUGUGGUCCGCAUUCUUCUGGACCACGGCGCGGACACCUCCCGGGCAUCGACGAAUAACUGGACCCCCCUCAACGUGGCGGCAUCCGAGGGCCAUCUAGCGGUUGUUGAAUUGCUUCUUGCCAAAGGUGCAGAUGUCUCAAUCCCCGAUUCAACGGGCUGGACGCCCUUGAACAGCGCUGCGGGCGAAGGUCACCUUGAGAUUGCAGUGGCCCUGGUCAGGCACGGCGCAGAUCACACCGUCGCGGACUCGCGAGGCCACACUCCACUCUAUUCAGCAGCAUUCCACGGUCAUCACGCUAUUGUUGACCUCCUUCUCAAGCUCGGUGCAGAUAUCAACGCGGCAAACAAGGAUAACUGGACGCCCUUGCAUGCUGCGUCCGCGAGGAGUCAUGUUCAAGUAGUUCGAUCUCUUCUCGCCUACGGGGCAGAUUUCGCAGCCCAGAACUCGGGUGGUAGGAGCCCUCUCAAUUUAGCGGCCGGCAAUGGCCAUCUAGAGAUAGUCAACUUACUGCUGCGACACGGCGCGAUUGCAAUGAUGACGGCUGGAGCCCGGUAA